AUGGCCGAAGUCAUAGGCCUCGCAGCUAGCAUCAUCCAGAUCGCGGGGGCUGGUGCCAAGCUCAGCGUCGCGUUGUACAACUUCACGAACUCAGCCGCGCGGGCAGACCAAGACGUCAAGGACAUUGCCGAUGAUGUAGAGCUCACGUCGAAUGCGCUCGAAAGCGUAGGCAGAGUGUUUGAGUCCGAGGAGGCCGGAUCCAUCGUGUCGAAGAAGGCUAUCCAGGACGCUAACAACAUCAUCAAAAAGUGCCAAAGCGUCUUCGACGAAGUAUCAGAGAUAGUAGAGAAGAGGAGAAAGACUGCAAAGGAUGGAAAGAAAAGCUUGAGCGUGAUGGGUAAGCUGACCUGGCCGAUGAAGGAACAGCGGGUCGAAUUGAACCGAAGGAGACUUGAGAGUUUGAAGAACAGCCUUGUGCUUUUGUUGCAUGUCUUGCAAUUAGCCCAAGGUCAGGCGCGAGGAAGAAUGGGAAAAGGUGUCUUGGAUGAAGAGCGUGAGAAGAUCCGCGAACUGCACCAGCGGCAGCAGGACUCACUCAAAAUCCUGCAAGCUCUCGAAAACAGAUUCUGCCAUAUCGCAAUCGAUGAUGAAGAAACCCUUCGAGGAUCAAGCGUCGCCUCUCGUGUUCCAACUUUGGAGCUUAUGGCCAACGCUCCGGUUAUGGAGCUGCCUCCGCUAGAUAAAAUCUCAAAGCCUCAGCCAAACACCAUUACCAUCGACCUCUCGACCGCAGAUGAUUCGGAUACUUCUGACAGCGACGCAACGAUGUCAGGCGAUGACAAUGAAGAGCAAAUCUCGACCGAAGAGCUGGCAAAAGCAGCGGACCAUGUGAAGAAACUGUUGAAGCGCAUCACAAUGCUACAGAAGAACUUCGACGUCGACAAGAAGAAGCAUCGGAAGCGACACGUGCAAAAGAUGUAUCAACGCUUUUGCCGCAAAUUUGAAUCCGGUAUCAGGCUUCCGUCAGCUACCGACUUUGGAAAGGUUUCUCCAUUCAUCGAUUUCGAUAUGAACGACAACUCGGGCAGUCUGGAGAACUUCGACUUCGAUAGCUUUCUUCACGUUCCGGAUGAGAGCACGCAGCUUCCUUUGGAUGAUUUCUAUUUCAGCCAAGGGCAGCGUUCAGUGCCUCAGCAAACAACCAAUCUUGAUGCCAUUCCGUCGACGCAGAGCUCACAGCACCCGCCUCUUAUGUCACAGCACCCGCCUCUUGUGUCACAGCACCCGCCUCUUGUGUCACAUAGAUCGAUCGAAACGAUUCCAUCAUUCGAUGCGCAAACGCCCUAUUAUCCUCCAGUGCCGAGUGGAAGUGCAGCCUCAGACUUUCCGUUGGAUCUGUCUGGUCAGCAACAACGACCUAGUCUUGGUCAAGGACAACGUGUGCGCGGUUUCAGAGGCAGGCGCAAUCUAUGGCUCCACGACAAGCUCAAGCACAGGCUCAAGCACAGGCUCAAGCACAGCACCAACAGGCUCAAGCACAGCACCAACAAGCUCAAGCGCAGCGCCAACAAGCUUAUUGGCAGCACCAGCAAGCUCAUUCGCAUGCUGCAAUGCAGCCAAUGUCAGGAAUGA